AUGGACGAUGAUAUGUACCACUCGCAAGCCGCUCCGGCCUAUGCGCUCGAGUCGGACGAACACGAUUCUGAUGACGAGGCCGCCGAAACAACGGCUCCCAAAGCCCCAGCAAGCAAACCGGAUCCCGUGGUGGAAUUUCGUGGAGCAACAGUACUUCAGCCGACUCGGGUCGUCUUUCUUGUGGGAGAGGUCGCAGAGGUGUUCGCCAAGGGUGCCAAGACUGGCGACGCGUCAGCUACGGUCUUUGUCGAUGGUGAACAAGUGAGUCAGGGUCUCCUAGGUCUUUGACACAAGAGUACGAUGAAGACUGAUGAAAUACAUGCCGGGUGUGCAGGCUGCAUCAACUCAUGUCAUCUCUCCCUCGGUGACAGUCGUGUUCACCUCGAUCGCUCUUCCUUUGGUCUCGUUGUAUCCCUUCGCCCAUGCAUUGUUGUCAAAGCUAUCUCCUACCUCAACCACGAUCGUAGCACCUUAUCAUUCCCCCUCCUAUAUCGCCGAACAACCGCCUGCCUCCCCCCUGAUACGCUACCUCUCCUCGCCCACCCCGAACUCUCUCUUGACGCUCGAACAAGCAGGCCACCUUUCCCCAUUCUCACCUCCCAACCUCUUGCACGGUCUUGCACCUCUUCUCCUGACGCUCUCGACCCUCUCGGAGAUCGAAGCGUCCUUGAUUCUCUUGCCCUCAAUCGCCUCCCCUACGUCGUUGAACGGUCCCUUCCUCGGCCCCUCCUCAUGGUCCAAUACGAUCUACGAUGCAGGCGGGCCGACGUCGUUGAGCGACUCAAGAGGGGUGUACGCGGAUGUACAAGGGUCGUUGAAAGCUGUGGGGAAGGGUUUGGGUUGGGACGAGUGGUACGAUGCGAAGAAGAGGGAUGGGAAGAGCUCUGAUUGGAUUGAGAGGUCGAGGAGGGAGAAGAGGAGGGAACAGGCGGGAAGUAUGUAUAUGUAA